AUGAACGCCGUCAUCUCGGCGAGCGACAUCAAAACGUUCUACAGCGCACUCCACUGUCUCAGCCGCUUCUCCGAAUCGUUCUGGCUACAAUGUAGUCCGCGUAUUAAUGGUCAAGCGCAGAUCCGGCUUUCAGCAAUCAACCCGACCAACUCGGCGUUCUGCAUGUUUGCCUUCGACCCGGACUUCUUUCUCAACGUCAGCACCGAGUCGAAUCAGAAGAUCGAGUGUCAGAUCCAGCUCAAGAACAUAUUGUCGAUCCUUCGGACUCGAGGUCGAAACGUCGAACGGCUAUCGCUCACCCUCACCACCACCUCCAUCUGUCGAUUCACCCUCACCCUUCACUGUCACCAUUCGAUCCUCAAAACCCACCAUCUCACGUACGAACCCAAACGAGGUCUCCUGCCCACCGCCGACCCCAACCCGCCCAACUUCUUCUGCCUCAAUCCUUCCACCGCCACCGAAUGGCUAGACCACUUCCUCUCAUCCUCCCGCACCGGCGAGAUCACCCUUCACUGCACCCCGGACGCGUGCAUCGCACGCUCCAAGGAGGAAGAGAUUCCAGAGGCAAAAGGUGGGAUGAGAAAGGCCAUCAGUACAGAGGUCAAGAUCGCGGUGGAAGAGUUCAAGGAGUACUGCGUGCUGGAGGAGGUCAAGAUGACCUUCAGUUUGAGAGAGUUCAAGGCCACGGUGGGGUUGGCGGAGGGGUUGGGGGUGGGGGUCGAGGUGAAUUUCAGCGGAGGGGACGAGCCGUUGUUUGUGAGGAUGAGGGUGGAGAGUGCGGUCGCGGCGGAGUUUGUGAUUGCUACGACGAGGGGGGAGAGAGGGGCUGGGGGAACAGGGGGUGGAUCUGAGGGAACGGCUGGGGAGUCUGUGGAAAGAUCAGGAAGGAAUGGAGACGGGACAGGGACGAUGCCACCUCCGCCAGCUCGUAUCGCUGCUUCCGUCACAAGUUCCGCUUCGGCAUCAAGGUCAGAUCCAUCCUCCGUAUCAAGAAUUACAGUCGGCUCCAAUCCCUCAACCAGCACUCGCGCAGACUCAUCCCUCCUUUCACAACCCACACGGCUCCCCUCAGCACACACUUCCGACCGACAAAUACCCAAUCAAUCAACCCCUCUCCCCCCGCUCGAAAAUGGCUGCAACGAAGAAGAGCAGGAGGACGAAACGCAGCCGCUGUUCUUUCCAGGAGCUUCGCAGCUCUCGCUCCAGCCGACGCAGGAGGAAGAAUCUGGGUUUGUUCAGCCUACACCGGUGGCACAGGGUGGUGACCCGGGAGAGUUCUUGGAUCCUCAACAGCCGCCGGCGACGAUGCAGCGUCAGCGACGGGGGAUCGAGGGAGACGGUGGGAGUUAUGCGCGGUCUCGGGAUGAGGAAGAGGAGGACGACGAGGGUCAGGACGAUUCGGAGCGUGCGGAUGCGGGACCACGGAAGCGCUUCAAGCCAUUAUUCUAG